CAAAUGGCUUCCAAUCAAUGGCGUCUAGUAACUGAAAGAGACGCCCGAUCUAACCACACGCUUUAAUGAUUCUUCAUUCUUCUUCUUCUUCUGCCUCUUCACGAGUUUAACAGAACUUACUCUCUCAGAUCUGCGCAUUUUCCGCCAUUUUUGGUUCUGAGAGUGGGAGAGGCGAUAAUGGCUGUGAAGCGGUCGCUUCUUGUGAUACUGGCGCUGAUUGUGAUGGCGUCGGUUGUGAUUGCGAUUGGGGACGAACCCGCGGUUAAGCCGAAGGUUAAGGUUGUGAGGGGGAAGAGGCUUUGUGACAGAGGGUGGGAGUGCAGCUGGUCUACUUAUUGCUGCAAUUUGACCAUUACCGACUACUUUCAGACCUACCAAUUCGAGAAUCUCUUCUCUAAGCGUAAUUCGCCGGUGGCUCACGCCGUCGACUUCUGGGACUACCAUUCCUUCAUUUUCGCCGCCGCCCAGUUCGAGCCGCUUGGAUUCGGAACCACUGGAGAUAAGCGCAUGCAGAUGAAAGAGAUUGCUGCUUUCUUAGGCCAUGUUGCUUCUAAGACCUCUUGUGGUGAUGGAGUGGUUACAGGAGGGCCGCUUGCCUGGGGUCUCUGUUUCAACAAGGAGAUGAGUCCAAGCCAGGAUUAUUGCAAUGACUACUUCAAGCUCACCUAUCCUUGUGCUCCUGGUGCCCAAUAUUAUGGCCGUGGCGCUCUGCCCAUUUACUGGAAUUACAAUUACGGUAUUAUUGGGGAUGGUUUGAAGUUGGAUCUGCUGCAGCAUCCGGAAUAUGUGGAGCAGAAUGCUACCAUUGGAUUCCAAACUGCAAUAUGGAAGUGGAUGAACCCAGUGAAGAAGUCACAGCCUUCACCCCAUGAUGUCUUUGUCGGCCAUUGGAAGCCCACCAAGAACGACACCUUGUCCAAAAGGGUUCCUGGUUUUGGCACUACCAUGAAUAUUCUUUAUGGAGAUUCUAUCUGUGGGCAGGGUGAUAUUGACGCCAUGAACAACAUCGUUUCACAUUACCUAUACUUCCUCGAUCUGUUGGGUGUUGGUCGGGAACAGGCCGGGACUCACGAUACACUUACUUGUGCCGAGCAGGCUGCGUUUAAUCCAUCUUACGUUGCCCCAGCUGCAGCUUCUUGAGAUCAGUCCCAAUGGUCUUCCAUCGCAGCCAGAAUUACCAUUAGUCCAAGUAAGAACCAAGACAUCCUUAUACAAUUAUUUUAAGUGUGCAGUUAAUUAGCCGAACGAUCAGUAUGUUUGGAUUGAAUAAUCUGUAUUCUUUUUUUCUUUUUUGGUCUUAUUUAUACUUCUAGGAUUACUGUAUCUCUGAGAUGUCAAUGAAUCGUCUGGUAUGUAAUAUAUCUGUAUUUCUGUGAACAGUUUGGUUUCUUGGUCGAAAUGUGUGUUGCCGACAUGGUUCUGUUUGUCUGAUGGCAGUGUCUCUUUCUGCCUCUUUAUUUCAAUUUCUAUUUCCUACUUUUUCUUUA